AUGGAAGUGGCUAAGGUUGACACCUUCGUUGGCGAAUUUACGAAUGAAGAUUGGACGGUUUCUGUGGAGAUACUCGCCGGAAAAACACCUCUAUCAGAUAAUUACAUGGACGUUGUUACCGGAAAUCCGAUAGCAAGCUGCGAGAACAAAACAUUAGUCAACUCGUGGCGCUGUAGAGGGUACGGAGCUGCAACUUGUACAAUCCAGCUACAAUCCAGCCGUUCGACGACUGCGGCCUGGGGUACAGGAGUUUGGAUGAAUAAAACAGGGAGUGAGACUAAUUUUGAGCUCGGAAUGAUAGAUACACACUGUAUAACACAGCAAGAUAUAGACGAAUUAGUAGGCAAAGGGUAUAGUAUUGACAAGACUCAUCGAUGGCUUCCCUACAACGAAUCCUACCCGGAAACCAAGUCGUCACUAACGGACUCCCUUCUUGCUCGAAAAUGGAUCAACGGGCCCAUGAUAUUUGACACAUUUGACGGCCCCCAGACUUUGCAACACAUAUAUGAUGCUGGGCGCAUUGACUUUGACCGCAUCCAGCAGACGUUUUCAAGUAUUUCUGAUUCGUUAACUACGUGGAUUCGAACUCACGGUCACGAGAACUAUUCGGACCCUGCCGUUGGGCAAGUCUUCCAUUACGCAACAUUAACAGUAUACUCUACGGCGCUUAAACAAUUUCCGGCUUGGAAAGCUUCUUUUCUUCCCUGGCUUAUAUACGGGCCUGGAAGCGCUGAAAUUUUAGGGGUAGCGGAUCAAUUGGAAGAGACUUCGUAUGGUACUGAUGAAAUAGAGAAUAAGGCUAAGGAGAUUACUGUUGUUUGGAAGGCUUUGCCUGAACCACACGUUCAGUUAGAGGCUCGACAAGAAUGA